ACAUGCUGUCAAGAUCUUACUGAUGUUGUUUGAGUGAAACCAUCGCAACGGCCCAACUUGGCGUUGUUAUUACUGCCACAUAGCUAGCUUGGUAGAAGCUAACAAGGGAAAGAGCCGAAUUAACACGUCACAUUCUCAGGACAUACUCGAAAAUAUCUAUGGUGGUGAAGAUUCUUGGAUUUUGGUGCAGUAUGGUUUGCCUUGUCUUUGAGAAUGCCGGUUGAGCUUGAGGUGAAAACUAGGAUUGAUGAAGUGUUCAGGAGAUAUGAUGUGGUUCCUGUGGUGAGGAAGAAGGUGAAAAAGAAACCCGAUGAGCUUCAGGAAAAUAUUGUGCUUGAAACUUUUAAGAAAAACCUUGACUUGACCAAAGGCACAGAGGACCAUGAGACCAUCCUCCAUAACACCUACGACCCAGCACAGGGCAGCCCUCGCUUCACCAAAAACAAACGCCGGGAAUGGGAGGUGACCGAGAAGGCCAACGUCAACGGCGGCGCACCCAACCAGUCUCUCCUCACCAGAGUCAAGAAGAAGAACAAGAGAAACUUGCCAGUGCCUCCCAGCCAUGAUGUAGCCAGGGUCAGCGACCACGAUGAUUGGAGCGCCAACAGGUCAGAGGUCAGUCCAGUUCAGGAGUAUGACGAGGGUGGUAGAGGGAAAGGCAAACGGGGGAAGAAAGGGAGGACCAAAGGAGGAGAAGACGAGGAGGAGGCAAGAGGAGGGGUGGAUGCCGACGAUGACCUCCUGCAGGAGUACCAGCAGCAGCUGGAGGAGCUCGGAGGAGCAGCCGGCCCCAGCUUCAGCGCCAGAGCAGGUUUGCUGAACAACGAGGUGGGCAAGAAGAGGAAGAAGAAGAAGCAACUCAAGUCCACAGAGGGAGGGAUAAGUGCCCUUCAGGAGGAUGCCCAGGAGAAGAGGAGGUCUGGGCAGUCGGACCAGGAGGAGGUUACAGAGGCUGACAUAGAAUCACUCAAGUCCAAAGGCAAGAAAAAGAAGAAGAAAAAGGAAGUACUGACCGAAGAGAGCCAGACAGAGAUCGAUCUCCCUUCGCGUCCCAUGUUUGAUGACAGCCUGGUUUUGGGAGUCUAUAUCCAUCGUUCUGACCGGCUGAAGACAGACCUGCUGGUGUCUCAUCCCAUGGUUAAGGUCCAUGUGGUGGACGACAGAACAUUCCAGUAUGUGAAGAAGGAGGAUGCUAACCGGCCAGUCUCCUCCUUCUAUGAGCGUGACAGUGUGGACCACAUCCUGCCCAUCAUGACUCAGCCCUUCGACUUUAAGAAGCGCAAGUCCACCGUGCCAGAGUGGGAGGAACAGAUCAUCUUCAAUGAGCGCUUCGGCUACCUCUUGCAAGAAGAGUACAACGCACCAAGGGUCAUUCUGUUUUUCGAGAUCCUGGAUUUCAUGAGCAUGGAAGAAGCGAGAACUCAUGCCAACGCUGAUCGGCAUGAACAAGGGUUCAGAAAAAUAGCUUGGGCCUUUCUGAAGCUGGUAGGAACCAAUGGAGUGCUGAACACUGACAGCAGGCUGAGACUGCAGCUCUACAGCGUGCCCCCCAGGGCCAAGAAGAUGCCCAACACCAUCGAAGUGGUGGAGUGGUGGAGGAAGUUCCCCAGGACCAGAUACGCGUCCACCCUCUACAUCACCAUCAAGGGCCUCAAGCUCCCUGACCAUGUGGACCCCAGCAUCCGCUCCAUGAUGGCCCUACAGCAGGAGCGGGGCAGUACCUCUUACAGUGAGUUGCAGAAUGAGAUCACAAGGCGAACUAAUGACAGGCUGCUGGACAGCAAACACAACAUUAUCAAGUGGAAUCGCCUGCCUGGACAGGUGUGCCGGAUCCCCAACAAGCCCAUGCUGGCGUUCCGAGGGGGGCAGAUGGGCUGUUUCACGCUGCGCUUCUCCCACCACGGCCUCAUGCUGGCGGCCGCCUGCGCUGACCGAGAUGCCUUCCCCGUCAUAGUCUAUGAAAUUCCUUCUGGCAAAGUGCUGACUUCCUUUAAUGGCCACUUGAGCCUUGUGUAUGAUCUGUGGUGGUCUAAAGAUGACUGCUAUCUGCUGUCUACAUCAUCUGACGGAACAGUGAGGAUAUGGGAUGUAGAGAGGCUCCAGAAUGUGGCUCAGAAGAUCUUGCCCCAUCCUUGCUUCCUCUACUGCGCCCAGUUCCACCCCUCCGCACAGCACCUGGUGGUGACCGGUGGCUUUGACUGCCUGCUCAGGGUUUGGGACGUGGACGUCCACGAUGUCAACGGCCAUCUCCUGAAGGAGUGUGAGGGCCACAUUGCCUUUGUCAAUGCCCUGUGUUUUGACCAAGAAGGGGGGCGAAUGUUUUCUGGGGACAAUGCAGGCGUCAUCAUAGAGUGGAAUGUAACCGUGGGUGACGCAUCCAGCCAGAAUCCAACUCGCUUCUGGAAGAUUGAGAGGGAGAUAAAAGAGCCUGAUCUGGAAGGAGUUCCCAUCAACUGUUUGGAAGUGCAUCCCAAUGGGCGCCGCCUUCUGAUUCAAGCCAAAGACAGCACCAUCCGCAUUAUGGAUUUGAGAUUACUGGCUGUGAAGAAGUUCACUGGUGCCUCAAACUACCGGGAGAGGAUCCAGAGCACCCUGACGCCCUGUGGCAGCUUCAUCUUCUCCGGGAGCGAGGACGGCCUGGCCUACGUGUGGAACGCUGAGACCGGGGAUCAAGUGGCGGUGUACUCCGAGCUGUGUUACCCCACUGCUUUGAGGACUGCUGCUUUUCACCCUUUUGAGAACAUGGUGGCCUUCUGUGCUUAUGGCCAAAGCCAGCCCAUCCACCUGUACCUUUAUGACCAUAAAGUGGCCCUGUUGGAGGUGGAGAGCAUGAAGGCCCUGACCAGAACGGGUACGACGGACACACAAACCCCGGUGACUUUCCAGGACCCCAACGUGUCGGCCAUGGACCGCUUUGCCAGUGCCGCACGAGUAUCUCUUAAACUGCAGCGCCUCCAAGCGCAACUGGACUCUGUGAGGGAGCCAUAUCGAAACACAACCGGAGCAGACUUUGGCUAUAAUCAAGGAGGGCUGUCCUACAUAGGAAGAAGUCACACCCAAGAGGCAGGUGUCACCAUCACCGUGUUCCUUUCAAAUGCUGCAGCUUGUACAAUGGUGGGUCUGAGUGCAUCCCUGCCUCCUCCUGCUCUCCUCUCUCCUCACUCCCAGCUGCACAUCUCUGCCCCACUGGCAGCUCAACUGCUCCCACAGGCAGCUGGUGCCACUCAAGGCCGAGGGUUCAGUCCAGUGGGCCAGUCUCGGAGACUCAGCCCUUCCCUGAUGCACAUGAAGGGGAGCACUGGGUUUCCUGAUUCAUCAAAUGUGUCGGUAGACGCAGAUGUGCCUGUCCAUCAAACGGUCGUGUCGCUGUACGACUACACGGCCAACCGCUCCGAUGAGCUAACAGUGCGGCGGGGCGAUGUCAUCAACGUGCUGUACAAAGACAAUGACAGCUGGUGGUUUGGCCAGCUGGCCAGCGGGCAGCAGGGUUACUUCCCCGCCACCUAUGUGGUGGACGAGAAGAGUUUUGAUGAGGAGAUGUCACAGGCCAUUAAUGCAGAGCCCAUGUUUCAGCAGGAGGGGGCGCUGUCAGAGAGAGCAACACCUACGAGGAUGACGGCAGCCAUCAGUGGCUCCGGUGAGCUGAAGAUCCUGUCUGAGCAGGACACGGAGCCUGAGCAAUCCACAAGCAGAAUUAAAGGCAAGAAGAUGAAGAAGAAGGUGAAAAGGCGAGAGGCCAUCACAGCCUCCUCCGAUUCUGAGGGUCCUCGGACAGGAAGCCAUAGGAGGAGGCCCCUCCCCCCACUAGGGAAGGCCAAUGAGGCUUUUGAACCAGAGCCCAACUCCACAGAGACUGGGAUAGAAUAAGGUGACAAGUGAGGAUGGCGCUUGUUUCACACUAUACUUUCAAAAACAUAUCCUCCCUCUCAGGACACUAUACAAAACUGAAUGCAAUAUUUUUUAUAUUA